CGCACCGGAAGCCACUCGGGGUGAGCCAUGGCGGGUUUGCCUGUUAGAGACCCAGCGGUGGAUCGUUCUCUGCGUUCUGUGUUCGUGGGAAACAUUCCUUACGAAGCUACUGAAGAACAACUGAAGGACAUCUUCUCUGAGGUUGGGCCUGUUGUUAGUUUCAGAUUGGUAUAUGAUAGGGAGACAGGAAAACCAAAGGGUUAUGGCUUCUGCGAAUACCAAGACCAAGAGACAGCACUUAGUGCUAUGCGGAACCUGAAUGGUCGUGAAUUCAGUGGGAGAGCACUUCGAGUGGAUAAUGCUGCCAGUGAAAAAAACAAAGAAGAACUGAAGAGCCUUGGCACUGGUGCACCUGUCAUAGAGUCCCCUUAUGGAGAGACCAUCAGCCCUGAGGAUGCCCCUGAAUCCAUUAGCAAAGCAGUUGCCAGUCUUCCACCAGAACAGAUGUUUGAGCUGAUGAAACAAAUGAAGCUCUGUGUUCAGAAUAGUCCCCAGGAAGCACGAAACAUGUUGCUCCAGAAUCCACAGCUGGCUUAUGCUUUGCUGCAAGCACAGGUAGUGAUGAGAAUUGUGGAUCCUGAGAUUGCCCUGAAAAUUCUGCAUCGCCAGACAAAUAUCCCAACGCUGAUUUCAGGCAACCCUCAGCCAGUCCAUGUUGCUGGUCCUGGCUCGGGACCCAGUGUUUCAAUGAACCAGCAGAAUCCUCAGGCCCCUCAGGCACAAUCUUUGGGUGGAAUGCAUGUCAAUGGCGCACCUCCUCUGAUGCAAGCUUCUAUGCCAGGUGGAGUUCCAGCCCCAGUGCAAAUGGGAGCUGCUGUAGCAGGACCUGGCCCUGCUUCCUUAGCCCCUGCAGCAUAUCUUGCUCCUUUGAGGAAAAGAGAAUUAUUGCUAUGUGGAAGGGACCAGACAAGGAUUUCUGGAGUCAUGCAACCCCAAGUUGGAAUUCAAGGAGGUGGACCAGUGCCCAUGGAACGAGGACAAGGAACCCUACAGCACUCGCCUGUGGGACCCGCCGGGCCUGCAUCAAUUGAGCGAGUUCAAGUGCCAAUACAAGAUCCCAGAGCAGCUAUGCAGCGGGGAGCAUUACCUGCCAAUGUCCCAACUCCUCGUGGUCUCUUAGGAGAUGCUCCCAAUGACCCAAGGGGAGGCACUUUAAUGUCUGUAACUGGAGAGGUAGAGCCUAGACCUUACCUGGGACCACCACCACCACCUCAUCAGGGCCCACCCAUUCACCAUGUUCCUGGCCAUGAAGGCCGUGGACCACCCCCACAUGACAUGAGGGGAGGUCCAUUAGCUGAGCCCAGACCUUUAAUGGCAGAACCAAGAGGGCCUAUACUAGAUCAGAGGGGUCCACCCUUAGAUGCCAGAGGUGGAAGAGAUCCCCGAGGAUUAGAUGCACGAGGGAUGGAGGCCAGAGCUAUGGAGGCAAGAGGACUAGAUGCCAGAGGACUGGAAGCACGUGCCAUGGAAGCCCGUGCUAUGGAGGCCCGUGCCAUGGAAGCCCGUGCCAUGGAAGCCCGUGCCAUGGAUGCCAGAGCCAUGGAUACCAGAGGCCCCGUACCUGGACCUAGAGGACCUAUGCCUAGUGGAAUCCAAGGUCCCAAUCCAAUGAACAUGGGGGCUGUUGUUCCCCAAGGAUCCAGACAGGUCCCAGUCAUGCAGGGAGCAGGCAUACAAGGAACAAGCAUGCAAGGUGGAAGCCAGCCUGGUGGCUUUAGUCCUGGACAGAGCCAAGUCACACCCCAGGAUCAUGAAAAGGCUGCUUUGAUUAUGCAGGUCCUUCAGCUCACUGCAGACCAGAUUGCCAUGUUGCCUCCUGAGCAAAGACAGAGUAUCCUUAUCUUAAAGGAACAGAUACAGAAAUCCACUGGGGCCCCGUGAAAGGUUCUCAAAAAUACCUGGCAACAGAUCUGGAAAUAAAAUUACAUAACAUUGCUGAAAUUUUGAAAACAUGGUGACUUCUGCAUCCUCAUCACUCCGGAUGACUCAAAUUGGUGCCAGGUGGAGAAUUUGCAUCACCAUUUCUCCAAAUGAAAGUAGUUCAUUUUGUUGUCUUAGUUUGUAUAUUUUCUGUGAUAUUAAAUAAACUUGAACACAAGUUUAACAUACUGCAAAUUUAUAUAUAUAUAUAUAAUCCUUUUGCUUUUAAGAAGCUAAACACCAAGGAUAAAAGCUUAGUUAUGUUUUCUACGCUUACUGCAGCAUUAUUCUUUAAUCUUAUAUUGCCAUAGCUCUAUUCUUACUUUAGCAUAAACAUGUAUUCUUCUUGGUGAUACUUAAGAAUUUCUCAGAAACAAUAUUUUCAGGAACUUUGUUUUCUCAUGAAUUUGCUCACAGCAAGGUAAUAAGGCUUUGCCCUUUGAAAACUGUCUAGAGUCUCUGAGUUUUCUGGGAGAAAAAAAGCACGUGGUUAAAGCUAAAAAUGGUCAGAAGGCCAAAAUCAAAGCCUGUACCACAGUGGUUUGUUUGAUUUAAGAAAAGCCAGUUAUCAAAAUAUGUUGUUUGGUCAGUAGCAGGUCUAAACAUACAUAAAACAAAGAUUGGUUUGGCACUGGUUUCACUGAGUAUCAACAACCAGAAAGACUGUUGUAAAGCUCUUACAUCUAGGUAGCCAACUUUACAAGUUUACAAAGCCGCUAGUUUUCCACAUGCUCAAAUUAAAUAAAGAAAAUCAAGUGAACAAAAUAUAUUUCAUCCCACAAAAUUGCAAAGCUUUUAGCCUUAUUUUCAAACUAAAUUCAUUCCAAGAACUCAGAAAACCCUAAAACUGUUACAUUUUCAAGUCUUAAGAGGACCAAGUAUAAGCACAGGACAGCAAAUUGCCCAUUGUGCUUGCCUGCUUCUUUCCAAGUACACCUACUUGGAGGGUAAUUAGUGCCAUUAGCCUGUGCUAACCUGCAAGUCAACUUGCCUUUUGUUUUCCUAUAGUGUCAGGUUUCUCUCCACCAGUUCAAACUGAAGACAUUUGAAGAGUUGCCUUAAUAAUUAGUAAAGUUUACUAGAACUAAUUGUGAUCUUAUUUAUAUUCCCAGAAUCCUACCUUCUGUGUUAGGAUUAUGGGCAGAUGAAUUAAAAUCAGUACUUAGGCAUAUAAAGCAUAAUAGCACAUUGCUUACAUGCCAAGCAAAAGGAUGAAUAGAUACUAAAAUUAUGGGAUUUUUCUAUAUAUAUAUAUUUAUAAUGAAAAUUUGCUGGAUAUGUCAUACUAUAACCUAUUAAGAAAAGUGCAGUACAGCAAACACUCCCUGCCUGUUCUACUCAUUCCCAUUUCAACCUGGAUGUUAAUUAUGCAUGCAGUUCAUUGAUUUUGUUACCUUCUGUGCCACCUGCAUAAGCAGUCAUUGAAGUGUUGAUUUUGGCAGCUGUCAUGACUUAAAAGCCUCAAGCUAUUUAGAUGCAGAGACCAAAAGGAAAUUAUUUCUAGUUAGGAACUUGGGUUUUACACAACCAAUUCCAAAUCAAGAUCCUGAGACUGAAGUUACUUGGUAAGCAGUUAUCUGAUAGAAACCAUAUCCUGGAAAUCCUAGUGUCCGUUUUCCCAACACUUCAUUAAACUUAAUUUGUUUGUCAUUCAGGUGAAUAUAAGUUGAUAAGAGCAGUGGCAUCCCAAUUCAUCUUUGUGUAAACACCAGUGUUUUUAUUGGUGUAAUAGAAUUAGCUACCCCAAGUUCAUGAUCUGCCUUUAUUAUGUUCAGACUUGUGACUGAAAAAUGAUCCCACUAAUCCUUCAAGCUAUAGUUUCUUAGAUAAUUGGAAACAGAAAUGUGAUCACUUUUGGUCAAUUAAUGGUAGAAAAUAGGUGGGCCUAUGUGAAGUCUAUAGAUUCAGUCAGUUUGAGUACAAUGAAUUGUGGAGUUUUUCUCCCCCUGGGGAGCCUGGGCCUUCUUUUUCUUGUUAUCCACCAUGAUUAACAUCCUAGAGCAGUGUGGUUCUUGUCCAGGUUGAUAGGAAAAGCAGUGACAUUCAGUGAAUGAUUCCUCAUUGAGUAAAACCUGGAAAGUAGUAACAAUUCUAAAUGCUUUAUUUUCUUUUUAUACCAGACAUUCAUAAACAAACCUCUUUAACAAAGGAAUUAGUAAAGAGCUUGUGUUACAUUAAGUCAUCACAUGAUGUAGAUCAGGCCUUCCCAGUUACUUCAAACAAUAUAAAAUGACAGCAUAGUUGGCUUCUAAUUAUAAUACAAAUUUGAUUACAGUUAAUCUACUUCAGAAAGAAAGCCUAGGACAGUAAGUAAAAUUGUUCAAAAAGCAAAGAUGAAAACCUUUUUUUUGACAAAGCAAAAAAGCAAAGUGUAAAUUGUUGGUCACACUGGAUGAGAUCAUAUCUAACAAUUUUCUUACUGGGUAUGAUAUGAGUGAAAAUCAUGGAAAUUUUAUGUAUUAUUUAUAAUUAUUGUUUUAUCAUGAAUUCAAUAAAUAUUUUAAAAGUUA